CGCCUGGCGCACGCUUUGAUUCAUCCCUCCUCGCCCUGUCCAGCAGCGAGCCAGAGCAGUUCCCGGGCGGCUCAGCCUCUGCCGCAGCGCGGAGCCCAAGGCUUCUUUUUUAGCCAGCAUAUCGGAAGGCGGGGACCGGACUUCCCGUGCAGCCCGCCAAGCUUUCAGCCAGCCAGCCAGCCAGCCGGCGAAGAGGCUUCCUAUGGAUCCGGCCCUCUCGAGUCCAGCGGAGGCACCUGCCCGAGGGAGCGGCUGAUCUCGGGCUCCUCCUGGGCGCCAGCGGAGAAAGCUGCCCCCCCUUUUUUGUUUUUGCAAAGGGUUUGCUUGCAGAAGCGAUCCUUUUAUUUUAUUUUAUUUUAUUUUAUUUUAUUUUAUUUUAUUUUAUUAUUUUAUUUUGUUUGAAAGAGGGGGGAUCUAAUUUGGAGAGGAGCGACCCCUCCAGCCCCUCACCCCCCCCCAUUGAGAAAAGGAGACUCCGGGAAGACCAAGCGGGGCUGGGCUCCAUCCUUUCGGCCCGAGCAGAGAGGGCCGCAAGGCGCCAACCUUGAAGCCGAAAGGACGCGGGGGAGCGCAGGUGGCAGAGCCCGGGCCGGCGCCACCGGGAGGAGCCGCCGCCUCCGCCGCCACCGCUUUGCCCAUGGCCGGCUGAAGAAGAAGAAGAAGAAGGGGACCCGCUUCCCAGCGCUGCCUCCGCUCGCCUUUCCUCGGGGCCCAUCCCAACUUUUAUGGCUCCCCCAGCAGCCGGACGCCUCCUCUGCAUCUUCGUGCCGUCUCGCUCCCCGGCUUGGGUCCCUCGCAGACCCGGGGCGACGAGGGCAGUCAUAACAGCAGCAGCAGCCGCCGCCGCCGCCGUCGUCGGGGCAAGGAGCGGCGGAGCGCCUCGUGCGGCCGAUCCCGGGCAGGAUCGGGUAUCCGAAGCCAAAGCAGGUGGAUCCGGCCGGGACAUUCCGAGCCGCCCGGCGGCGGGAGGGGUUUCCUUGAGCGAGCUAUAAAUAAGAAUACCCUCCGCGGGGGGAAAAAAAUUCUUGACCGGGAUCGUCUGACUGUUGACCGCCAAGAGGGUCGCUUGGAGGGAAAGGGCGGGACGAGCCCACCACCCCGGCCGACAACGGGAGCGCACCCUGGAACCGAUCCCUCAGCAUGGCCGCCCCCCGACCCGUCUCGCUGCUGCUCUUCGGCCUGGCCUUGGUGACCUUGUGCCGAGGUGGCUGCGUGGAGGUGGAUGCAGAAACGGAGGCUGUAGUCGGCAACUCUUUCAAGAUCCGUUGCAUCUCGUGCAAGAAGCGAAGUGAAACAGAGGCAGAAGCUUUUACUGAAUGGUUCUUCAAAGAAGAGGGGACAACAGACUUGGUCAAGAUUCUUCGCUAUGAUUACUAUGAAAGGCUCAAUAUAUAUGAUCCUCGCUUUGAAGAUCUAGUGGUGUGGAAUGGUACCAAGAACAUUGCAGAUUUGCAGGAUGUCUCCAUUUUCAUCCUGAACGUGACUUUCGAACACAAAGGGGAGUACAUCUGCAGUGUCAACCGCACACUCCAUUUUGCCAAUGAGUUCUCCUACAACAUCAUGGUCAACAAAACCAUCCACCUUGAUGUGGUUGAAAAAGCCAAUCGGGAUAUGGCAUCUAUUGUCUCCGAAAUCAUGAUGUACGUCCUCAUUGUUGUCCUGACCAUCUGGCUGGUAGCGGAGAUGAUCUAUUGCUACAAGAAGAUCGCUGCAGCGACAGAGGCAGCUGCUCAAGAAAAUGCCUCUGAAUACUUGGCCAUCACAUCGGAAAGUAAAGAAAACUGCACAGGGGUGCAGGUAGCUGAAUAGCCCAGGCCAGGCCAUUGGCGGGCACUGGGAUUACUGGUUUUUAUAAGGGAUGAGGCUUUGACAAGGAGUCGAGAAGAGGCAAAGUGACUCAGCAGAGCAAUCAUCAGCCCAGAGAAGAAGUGAGCUGGAGCCAAGCAGCCCCUCCCUCCUCCCCCCCCACUGCACGGCCUCUUUCCUUAAUGAAAGCAUGCUAUUUUUAAUACCAGAGCUCUGUAUCCAAGCCAGCCACUCAGAGACAGUCAUGCAUAUUUUUCGUGGGAAGGGUGGGUUUCUCCUUAGAAAAGGGAGUUUCGCUCUUUUUAAGUCCCAGGUUAUCACCUUUCCGGAGUGGGCAUUGCCCCCCCCACCUCCACCCACCCACCCCGCCAUUAGCAUGAGGAGAACACGGCAUGGCGGCUUGCCUCACGUAAUGCAAAGCUUGAGGUCCUUUCCCACGGUGGGCCCCCCCACAGGCCGGCCAGAGGCCUCUUUCCUUUAGGAGCACUUGCGCUUUCUGAUGUUUUGCACAUUUCUUGCGCUUCGAAUUCUUUCGGUUACUUCGCAGCCAGCACUUUCGAUGGGUCUGAGGAGAGGAUCCCAACUUUCUCUCCUACGUGUCAAGAUGGAUCUGGACUUCUCAGUGGCCACAGCCAGCAAUGAGUAGAGACUGGGUAGAAGAUAAUGACCUAAUGGUUCCUAAACUGUGGAGGGAAUGCUCGGAUGCAAACACCGUCCUAAACUCUGUUGUGGAGUGAACUCUCUGGGGCGGGUACGGAUAUGUAAAUUGUGCCACCCGAAGACCCCGUUCCCAGCCCAGGCGUCCUUCACCUAAUUUUCUACCAAGGUUUCCUUCCAAGAUGGCUGGCUGGCAUAUAUGGAAGGUCUUUGCAAAGGAGAGACGCCUUGGAAUAGAAAUCAGAUGGAGGAGGAGACUUUUGCUUCUCUCCCACCGUCCUGGAGAUGUGGGUUGUCACGGUGCUGUGUGUUGGGGCCUUGGUGGUUGAGCUCGGCCUUGGAAUUGGUGCAGACCAACCGUCACAGCAAUGCCAUCAUUACCCCCGUGCCCUCCUCCACAUUUCCCCUUCCUGGAUCUAUUAUUACCUUGCCAGGCCAUUUUGGCUGUUUGGAGAAUACUCUGACCUCCCCUCUGCUCAGACCCCCCCCCCUCUGGGGCUGGUCCUAGGAACCAGCUGCCAUCACAAUAGAAUAGGGUUUGUUCAUAAAUAAAGAUGAUUGAAUUUCA